CCUCGCCUUGCCUCGCCUUGCCUCGCCUUGCCUUCGUGCACUGCACUUGUAUCUUCCCACACUCACCUCACCUCACCUCACCUCACCUCACUCACCUCGUCGACCUGCAUCUCUCCGAAUCCUUAAAAAUCCCACGCUCGACCCACGACCGACCGCCGAGUUCCCACGUAUCCUCGAGCGCCCUGCGACAACGACUACUGCGACUGCGCGACUGCGACUGCGACUGCGACUGCGACUACGUCUGCCGCCUCCGAAACUCCGUCUCUCGAGGACAGCUGAAGCCCUUCACCAUCACUUCUUCCUCCUCAACCCCCCCUCCUCUCAACGUCCCCAUCGCUGUCGCACAGAACAGCACACAACACUGCAUUGUACUGCAUCGCAUCUUAUCAACAUCUCCACACUUUGCUGUCCCGCAAUUUAUCGUUAACUGUAUCACCCAGCUCGGUAUUUCCAAGCCGAGCCAAACCGCGACCCUCACCGUAUCUUUCGUCCGCCUCAUUGUGGUGGGAUUACUCUUCCAACACAGCGGUUGUUUGGACAUAAUCCCGCUCCUAGUGAUUCCUGUUAUCGGUCCUUCCAGGCACAUUCAGAUAGGUAAGUACCUGAACCUCCGCAAAUGCCAUUGUCACCGUUGCCGGCGUCCCGUCAGAGUUGUCAAUUCUGGUCUUGUUCUGAAGCGCUAACUGAUGGUCUGUUAGACAAGAACCCCUCCUCCCCCAAAAAGACCAGGGAGUGUAUAACUUAGGUUUAAUAACUUCGACAGCACCCUCGCCAAGACACGCAAUCCCUCGUGGCAGCAUAGGAAGUUACGAAUAGACUCUGCAAGCUCUGAAAAAGCUUGUAACGAAUUGCUGUGCAGAAUAUACAUCAAGUUCGCCCCGGCGACAGUCGCGACAAUCUCGGCCGAUGUAAGUGCGCUCUUCUAUCGAGUAUAAUGCGCAUAUCCCAUCAAGUUUCUGGCGGCAAGGAGUGCUGCAGGUUGUGUCUAUCAAGCAAUCCCCGAGCAUAUGUCUUGUCAGAACCUAGGAGCCAGCUCCUGUUGCUACCUUCGUCGUAGCCAGAGGCUUUUUAGAGUUUUUUCUAUGAUUGCUUUUUUCCUUGCAUGCCGCAUUUGAGCUUAGAGCGAUGGCUAAUGUUUGACACGCAAUUCAGAUAUCAGCGAUUGCUUCUACCCUCACCGAUCCCACAAACAAUUAAACAAUUAGCCAUCAUAUACUGCUAGUGGCAUAGUUCUCGAUAAGCAUCUGCAGGUCAAGGUCUAAAAAAUGGCUGGCACCGGCGCGUCCAGCCCUUUCAUCAAGGACGAGCCAGAAGACCAAUUCUUCUCGUCCCACAAUCAAAGAUUCUUGGGUAGCAACGGCUACAACAUACCUCAGCCUCAGCAGCACUUCAAUCAAUUCGGAAACUCGCACGGUGGUAGCAUCAAUCCAAAUGACCUGACGAUGGGCGGAAAUGGCAUAGCUAUUCCAAAUGGGGGAUAUGGAUCGUCCUACCAGAACAACUACAACAAUCAGGCCUCAAACCCUAAUGCAAGCUUUUCCAAAGGAAUCUCGACCUUCGGAGAUGAUGAACUACUCGACAGUCUUGGGACGAACGAUAUGCACUCGAAUCAGUCUGGAAUGCAGGGUAAUGGUCAAGAUUUCGGACUGGAUUUUGAUUAUACACCAAAUCCGAUUUACGCUGGUCACAACGGCACUUCUGGACUGGCAGUUGACCCAAAUCACAUUAACGGGUACUCGAACACCCCAGAUGGAGAUCCGAUCCAGAGCCCUUUCGUCACCAAUUUCAACCAUGAGCACUUCCGACAUAUGGCCCCCCAGCAGAACUUUGGAAACUCUUUACAUUCAGGAAGGAAGAGCUCCACUAGAAGUCCUCUCACCCCAAAGACUACUUCCACAAUGGCGGCGCUUCACAUCGGAUCAGCUGAGAAUUCGAAUUUUACGCAACCCAUUCGGACCCAUUCCUCUCAUAGGCAUCAAAAAACGCUCUCUGGUCAGUGGGAUCAGACACCCAGUAGUCUUACAUCGUUUCCUGGCUCGGAUUUUUCGCCAAUUCAAGGUGUACAUCCAAACCCUCAGAUCUCGGAUAUUCUGAAAGGAGCGUCGAUGCCAACCAAAUUGAACAAUGGCCACUCAGUCGGCAGUGCUCCCGCGCUCCAAUCGCAGGAGAUGAAGAGGAGGAGACGAAGAGAAUCUCACAACCUUGUAGAGCGUCGUCGGCGAGACAACAUCAAUGAACGUAUUCAAGAACUCAGUCACCUUGUUCCAAUGCAUCGUCUAGAGGACGAGAAAGUUCGGAAAGCACUUCAAAACAAUUCCCCACUAUCGCCUACACUUGCUGGUCUUUCAGCUCCGCCUGGCGGGAUGAGUCCUCCCCAAGCUACUUCAGGUCUUGCUGGACCAGGUGCCCGACGAGCUACAGCUGGCAAUAUCACAACCGGUAUCCCCAUUGAAGAGAAAGACAAGGGGCCAAACAAGGGAGACAUUCUCAACGGUGCUGUGAGCUGGACUCGCGAUCUGAUGUGGAUGCUUCACACCAAGCUUCAGCAACAAGAAGAACUUGCAGAUUUAAUUCAGACUCUGGGCGGGACUUUCCCUUUCCAGCCGACCGAAGAUGAGAAGCGUAUGCAUACCGAGUUGAUGGAUGCCAUGGUGAAGAAUGACGGAUCCAAAUUUGAGUACUCUCGAGCUCCAGGUACAGGCUUGCGUGUACCCAAACACACCGAUGUUAGAGGUGAUGCAUUGGGAAGCUUAGGUCAGGGUGGUCAAUUAGACAACUCCCUCAGCCCAGACAACCACAGCACAGGAGAAGCUGGUAUGGGCGGACCUGGGCAAUACUGGAGUAACAACAAUAGUGGAGGAAGCGGGGCAGGAUCCAUCAGCUUCAAGGAAGAAGAUGAAUAUGGAAUGGACCUCACGCAAUAGCUGCUCUCGCUUCAACCGCGUUGGGCACGGUGACCAAUCUAGCGAUUUCCUGCCUAUUGGCUCAUAUUGGCUUGCUUGGAACUCAAGACAGUUUCAUUUUCUGGUUCUCUACUAUCCAUUUGCCGUAUCGAUUUUAACUUUAUCUGGGCGUUCUUGCAUUUGGAGGCAGUUUUGGAGCUUUGAGUACGGGCGUGGGUCGGAUGGCGUUGCUUACAGAAUACGAGCUUAGCAUGGGGUACGACAUCUUCAGGGGUUUAUUUUUGGAUGGUUCUUUUGUUCAUUCGAUGAUUCCUGGUUAGGAUUUAUGGCAUUCACGGUUCUAUUUCCUUUUGCAUCCUUAUCUGUCCUGUUGAUUGAUUUGGCAUUCGUGCCCCUAUGAUACCUUUGCAUACGCGUUUAGCUUUCUGUAGUUUGCUGCUAUUAUUGUUUUUAACCCCUUGGGUUUCGGUUCGGUUCACCGUUCGCUCCGGCUAGCUAGCAAUAGGUGCCCAGUUUGCUUUGUGCUCAUCUUAUCUCUGUCUGCCAUAUGCAGACAGGCAUAUGCUGAUAAUCAAUAUAUCACCUCAAUCCCGCUC